AUGCCGAAUCCCGCCGCUCACCUCCCGUUCUACUAUGGAAGCAUCUCCCGCUCAGACGCAGAGGAGUACCUCAAAUUGGCUGGGAUGUCUGACGGCCUCUUCUUGCUGCGCCAGUGCCUCCGAAGUCUGGGGGGCUACGUCCUGUCCCUGGUCCACAACCUCCAGUUUUACCAUUACCCCAUCGAGCGCCAGUUGAAUGGCACCUAUGCCAUUGCUGGAGGCAAAGCACACUGUGGCCCCGAGGAGCUGUGUGAAUUCUAUUUCAAAGACGCCGACGGCCUUUGCUCCACGCUCCGGAAAAUGUGCAACCGUCCCAGCGGGGUAGAACCCCAACCCGGGAUCUUUGACAACAUCCAGGAUAACAUGGUGCGAGAAUAUAUCCAGCAGACGUGGAAGCUGGAG